CACAUGAAUCUGAUUCUCUGUGACUGCGACGAGUUCAGGAAGAUAAAACCUAAGAAUUCUAAACAGCCAGAGCGUGAAGAGAAGAGGGUCCUUGGGCUGGUACUACUCCGUGGCGAAAACCUUGUAUCUAUGACCGUGGAAGGACCACCCCCAAAAGAUACUGGUAUUGCCCGUGUCCCACUGGCAGGAGCUGCAGGAGGACCUGGUGUUGGAAGGGCUGCAGGGAGAGGAGUGCCAGCAGGUGUACCAAUACCGCAAGCACCAGCGGGCUUGGCAGGCCCAGUGCGAGGUGUUGGUGGCCCAUCCCAGCAGGUGAUGACACCACAGGGACGUGGAAAUCCAUCUGGUGCUAGCAUUGCAGGAGCACCAACGCAGUACCAGCCUGGUGGGAGAGGUGGCCCGAUGCUGCCAAUGGGCCGUGGUGGACCUCCAGGCAUGAUGGGACCACCCCCGGGCAUGAGGCCACCUAUGGGCCCACCUAUGGGAAUGCCCCCAGGCCGAGGUGGUUCAAUGGGCAUGCCU